GCGAGACAGGCAUGCCUCCCAGCGUGGACGGAGUCACUUUCCUCCCGGCAGCGGAAGCUUGCUUCCUCGUGGAACGCCGGAAGAGGCUUGUGCGCAGAUGGACACAUGCGAGGCGUAACAACCGACACCAGACGGCCAUGGGGGAACCGCUACCGACGAGCCAGGCGGGCUCCGACUCCGAGCUGGACGUCGAAGACGACGAUGAAGAAGACUGCGUCAGCACCCAGCCGUCCUCGUCAUCGGCCGUCGCCAAGAAGGCGGCCAGCGCCCUGGGCUUCUCCAUCGCCCGCAUCAUGGCCCCGGACAAGGCGCACCGAAACAGCGCUUCUUCGGCCGCCGCCUGCUCUCUCACGGCGAUGCUGCACGACUGGCGCCGAAAACUGCAAGCCUCGGGGGCGUCCUGGAUCAGGCCCUCCUCCCUGCCGUACGGCGGCGCUCACCCCAACGCGGUCAUCGAGCGGCAGGACUCGACCCUGGCCCUGGGCAUCGCCACGACCGCUCUGAGUCAGCUGGCUAGGCUACACCACGGCAGUAGCGCCGGAGGUCUCGUCUAUCCUUGGCUGCAACAGGCUUCCGACGUCAUCUCCUCCUCGACUCCCGGAGUGUUGCCAGAAGUCUCGACCCACGGCGAGCAGGCUACCGCGAGGCUGGUGCGACCUGAGCCACGCCUGGCUACAGCGGCGGGCGAGGUCUCGAAGCACUCCAGGCUGCAGGAGACGGAAAAUGCCGGCGGCGUCGCUGCAGGCGGCGCGUCUGGAGGCAACGGAGCUGGCAACAAGCAGAAGACCUUCACGUGCACCGAGUGCGGGAAAGUGUUCAACGCCCACUACAACCUUACGCGACACAUGCCCGUGCACACUGGCGCCCGCCCGUUCGUGUGCAAGGUGUGCGGCAAGGGCUUCAGACAGGCCAGCACUCUUUGCCGCCACAAGAUCAUCCACACACAGGAGAAGCCCCACAAGUGCGCCACGUGCGGCAAGGCGUUCAACCGCAGCUCGACGCUCAACACGCACGUUCGCAUACACGCGGGCUUCAAGCCCUGGGUUUGCGAGUACUGCGGCAAAGGCUUCCACCAGAAGGGCAACUACAAGAACCACCGGCUCACGCACACGGGCGAGAAGGCGUACAAGUGCAGCGUGUGCAACAAGGCCUUCCACCAGGUGUACAACCUCACCUUCCACAUGCACACGCACAACGACAAGAAGCCCUACACGUGCAAGGUGUGCGGCAAGGGGUUCUGCAGGAACUUUGACCUCAAGAAGCACUCGCGCAAGCUUCACGAGAGCGUCGUCGCAUCCAGCACAACUCCGUCGCGCCGACCGUCGCCCGCCGAGACGGUGGCGAGGUUCCAGCAGUUGCACGCUCCGUUCGUGGCAGCCUCCGGGAUUCUGGUCGACCGCGCCAUGAUGCCCGCCGCGCUCCUCUGACCGACGGCCGGCACAUUAAGGCGCUGCGUCCGGUAUCGUUCUCAUGCAUGAGUCCGGCUG